AUGCCGGGUGGUUCCAGCUCGAAGAAGAGGAGCCGGAGGAGGCGCAAGCGCAAGCGGAAGCCGAACCCCGCGACGCAGCUCACCGACGACCUCCUCGUCGACAUCCUCUCGCGCGUGCCGUACAGGUCCCUCUGCCGCUUCCGGAGGAGGCUCCCCCAGACACUUGCCGGCUUCUUCCACCCAAUCCCCAUCGCCGCCCUUGACGACGGCGGCUCCUCGGACUCGGAAUCGACGCCGGUUCGCUACUACUUCACCAACGUGUCUGGGACCGGCCGCCCGCUCGUCGACCCUUCAUUCCCGUUCCUGCCCCGCCGCGACCGGGACGUCGACCUGGUGGACAGCUGCAACGGCCUCCUCCUCUGCGUCAGCUUCACGGACACCGAGGAGGACGAGUUCGACGACCUCGACAGCUACCUCAGGUACAGGUGCAAAUACCUCGUCGUUAAUCCUGCUACCAAGGAGUGGGUCGCUGUGCCAGACUCAUCGCAGAGUAGGAUGCGGUCGGUUCGCCUGGGGUUCGACCCGACGUUCUCCUCCCACUUCUACAUCUUUGAGUUUCAGUUGUUUGUGGAUGAUGAAGAUGUGGCUUGUGCGGGUAGCCAUGCCCAAGGGGUGGAGAUAUACUCAUCUGAAACCGGAGUUUGGUGCCACAAGCAGACUGCCUGGAGCUCUAAGAUUACACCACAGCCUGGUUUUAAGAGUGUGUUUGUCAAUGGUGUGCUGUAUGUGAUAGCCACUGAGUGGGUAAUUGGGGGAAACUUGGAGGAUCAUUAA